UUAAGACGAUGAUUUGUAAAUCGGAUUACAAACAUCUUAUACGCAUAUUGUUCUUCUACUCGGUUUGUCUCUUUGGAAUAACAUAGCUGUUUGUUUGGCCUUCGUAACCUCGGACCGUCAGUUGUUAAAUACAAAGAAUGUAGGAGUUACAACAGUUAGUUACCGCUUAGCACUUGUAAACGGUGAAUAUUAGAUUAAGACGAUCUGUGUAAAACGUGCGUAUGAGUACAGUUUUUGAACAUUUUGAUUCUGGAAUGUCACAAUCAUUGUUUAGUGCACUUUUAUUGCUUAAAAUUCAUUUAGGUAGGAACAGACUAUGGGUGAAUCAAAGAAUUUACUUGAAAACGAAAGAGAACAAAUCGUAAGGCUACGGAAGCAAAGUAAAACCUUCACCGAAUUAGCAAAUAUAGUGAACAGGUCAGAAACGGCUUGUAAGCAAGCUUGGUAUAAAUUUUUAAAGGCAGGCAUGUGUUGCGAUCAACCGAAAAACGGAAGACCGCGGAAAGCAACGCCGAAAAUGAAUCGCCGGUUUCAUCGAUUGAGCGAAAAGGAUCGUUUUCGUAGUGCAAAUAAUAUUGCUGCGGAGAUAAACUAUAAUAACGAUACACAAAUUAGUGCUAGAACUGUUAGGAGAAGAUUAAAAGACUUUAACUUAAGAGGACGAAAACCCCAAAAGAAACCACUGCUGAGUUCUAGGAAUCGAAAAAGACGACUUGCGUUUGCUAAAGCUCAUAAGCAUUGGACAAGCAUUGGCAAAAGGUAUUGUUUUCGGACGAAUCGAAAUUCAAUCGCGUCUCUUCUGGUGGGAUACGGUUAGUAUGUUAGACGUAGAAUUGGCGAAAGUUUGAAAACACGGUGCGUUUUAAAAACUCUUAAACAUGGUGGUGGGAACAUUAUGGUGUGCGCGUGUUUUUCUCGACGCGGCCCUGGUCCGAUAUGUCGUAUCAAUGGAAUUAUAGACCGUUUUCAAUACAUGGACAUACUCAAGAACACGAUGUUGCCUUUUGCACGCAACAAUAUGAGUGAUGAUUUUAUUUUUCAAAAUGAUAAUGAUCCGAAGCACACGACUCAGGUUGUGAAACAGUUCUUUGAUGAAGGAAAUAUUACCGUGCUGCCGUGGCCGUCGCAAUCAUCAGACAUUAAUCCAAUCGAGAAUUUGUGGAGCAUCAUAAAAAAGACAGUACAAGGUUAUAAACCGAAACAUUUAAAUGAACUUUACUCUACAAUUGAUCAAUAUAAAAAAUUAAUAGAUUCUAUUAGCCAAGAAGAUGUACCGA